AUGCCGUCUCCCGACCCCCGCGGUCGCGCCGACGAGCGUUCGAAACGCUCGAAACGCGACGCCUCGACGUCGUCGUCGUCUUCGCGCUCGCGCAGUCGCUCGCGCGACGCCGCAGACGGCGACCAAACGCACAGGUUUAAGCAAUUUCUCAAAAAGCGACACGAGCGACUGGAAUCCGUCCGACGCGCCGCCGAGCGCGCCGAACGCGAAGCGCUCGACGCCGGGGAGGCACUUAUCGGACCCCCUCCCCCUCCCGAGUCGUUCGAAGUCGAUCGCGACGCGAUCAAUCACGGGAAACAUUUGCUCGCCGGCGAAGGCGAAGCCAUGGGACGAUUCGCGGCGGCGGGCGAACGCAUCCCGCGACGAGGAGAGAUUGGAUUAAAGACGGAUCAGAUUGAACGGUUCGAAAACUUAGGAUACGUGAUGUCGGGAAGCCGGCACUCGAGGAUGAACGCGGUACGGAUGCGGAAGGAAGCGCAGGUGUACUCGGCUGAGGAAAAGGCGGCGCUGGCGGCGUUGAGCAAGGAGGAACGCGCGGCAAAGGAGCGACGCGUGUUGGACGAUAUGCGAGCGUUGGUGCAGGCGCAGUUGGAAUCAAGAGAACGUCAUGACUAG